AUGUUUAUACAAUAUCGUCCUCGGCAGGCGCCGUUCUGGAUCGGCGUUCUUUGGCUAGGAUCUUUAGACUGGGUUGGCAUGGUUGAAUCCUAUCUUACAACUUUGGAAGAACAACCGGAAUUUACUCACGCGUCGCAACCUGAUUCUGUUGCAGCUGCAUGGCUUGGCUGUAGGCAGUCAUUUUUAGAUGAAGUUGGACUGGGCUGCUAUGAAGAGAACGGCACGAGGAUGCUAUCUAAUAGUGAUCUUACCCGCCUUCGUUUCAACCAUCGUUACCUUGCGAAUGCGGAGGAGUUGCUGUACGGUUGGCAGCCUUUCGGAAGUACAUCAAUUAACGAGAUUGAACCGGAGCUACAUCAGUACUUGGAUCUCUGGCGUGCCCGAGAGUAUCACAGUUGGGUUUGGAUUCUGGGAGAUGAGAAGCGAUGUUUUUAUAUGUAUGUGAUUGACAAAACACAAGCACAAGAGACGCCGAAUACAAAAAGCACAAAUGAAACAAUGAACAAGUUCCCGCCGAUCGAAUCUUAUCCUUCCAGAGAAGCCACAUCUCGAGUGUUGGCAUGGGCAUCAAGAGAUGCCUCUGGCGACCAGAUCAAUCUACCAAAACAUCCAUGGUUAAUCGACUAA